AUGCACGCGCGCGCGGCGAGCGUCAUGACGCGCGCCGGGGCGGCGACCCCGCGCGCGAUGGCGUCCAUCGCGCCACGGAACAGCGCGACGACGACGACGACGGCUGCGGCGACCGCGACGCGCGCGGUCGCGCCCGCGCGCGUCGCGCGAGCGGCUCGCGCGGCGAGGAUAACCAUCGUCGCGACGCGCGCGAAGAAGUGGAGCGAUGAGGUCGCCUCGGACCCGGACGCCGCCGCCGCGUCCGCGUCCUCCCCUUCCCCGUCGCCCCCGUCGCCAUCGAGCGACGACGACGCCGUGAGCAUGUUCGAGCCGGGGCAGAAGAAGAAGAAGCUCCGGAAGCGCCGCGACGGCAGCAACACGCGUCGCGCGUCCGUGGACGUCACCGGCAUCGCGAUCGACGCCGCGAAGGGCGUCGCCCCGUCACGGUCCAGUCCGCGUCCGAGGAGGCGUACAUCCUGUUCCUCCUGGGCUACGUCGUCGUCAUCUUCCUCGGCGGGCUUCUGCUCGCGCUGA